AUUCACAGGAUCGCUGGAAACGGCGAGAUAUUGUCGCGUAUCGUACCAGAAGAAUGCUGCUGGUACGCUGGUCAAUCGAGACGCGGAGGAUCGAGAAUUUCGGACAAUCUUCCGAAUUGCACAGCGUUCAUGGAUCGUUCCCAUCGCUCGAGGGACAAAGAAUGGAGCGGUUCUGCGGUUCAUCCGGGUGUGCAAGCGAUACUUCGUCAACGGGGGAGCUACGAGAACUUCCCGAACGGGCGAAACGACGGGAAUUACAUAGUGAUCGGCGCGGGAAGUUCGAGCGACAACGAAAGAACCGGGGACGACGAGUUCGUGGAGGGAACGGAGAAGCAAAUGAACGUGAAGAUCGAAGAAGAAGGCUCACCGAAACGCUCGAAUAUCGCUUUGAUAAAAAGGGAUGGAAAUGUUUGUUGA